AUGCAACGCACGCUUGGGUUUGCCUGUGAAGCUACUCGAGCGUCAGCACGGCGACAUCCGACAAGUCUUUAUUGCAGAGGGAGAGCUGCUUCUGUUUGUUAUCGUCAUAGCGGGCUGAGGUCGCUGAUCAGUGCUCGAGCCGGGCGCAGGACUCUGGAUCAGUGCUUUGGUGUCGGUGCGCGCGGUGGGCCGUUUCGAAAGCAGGUGCGACGUCUAGAAGGUCCCGUCAACCUGCGCAUGGCGCGAGAGGUGAAGCAUUCCGCCGGUUUGGCGGGGAUGGCGCCAGACGCCCCAGCCGAGUCGUACCGCUUGGGGCCGUUAGAGUAUCUGCGGCGUAGCGUUAUUGAGGUCCUUUCUAAGGAGUACGGGGAUGCGCUCCCCGAGGUUGUCGAUCCGAUGGUCGUCUUUUCGUCGCGUCCGGAGUUUGGUGACUUCCAGUGCAAUGUCGCCAUGAGUCUCGCGCGACAACUCAAAAGCAAACCGCGAGACGUUGCGGAGCGUCUGCGGGUCGGCCUAGAGCAGAAAGUUGCGGGCAUGUGCGCGACCCCACUGGAGGUGGCGGGCCCGGGCUUUGUGAACUUUCGGCUGAGCGAUGGCUACCUGGCCUCUGUCAUACGACAGAUGAUGAGCGACCCGCGUGGUAAGCUCAACGUUCCUGAGCCGCCGAAACUGCAGCGUAUCGUCGUGGACUUUUCUUCGCCGAAUAUUGCGAAGGAAAUGCAUGUGGGGCAUCUCCGAAGUACGAUUAUCGGGGACACGUUGUGCCGGGUGCUGGAAUACCUGGGCCACACGGUGAUACGCUUGAACCAUGUUGGCGACUGGGGCACGCAGUUCGGGAUGUUGAUCGCGUACCUCGCAGAGGUGGCCCCCGAAGCGCUCACCGGAGAGCGUCCACCGGACCUCGGGGACCUUGUAGCAUUUUAUAAGCAGGCGAAAAAGCGUUUCGACGAAGACCCAGUCUUCCAGAAUGCGGCACGAGCUCAAGUCACGAAGCUGCAGUCCGGUGACGAGGCGUCGUUGCGGGCGUGGCGCCUCCUUUGCGAGCUUUCGCGCCGGGAGUUUGAAAAAAUAUACCAGCUUCUCGAUGUGCAGCUGACGGAACGUGGCGAGUCCUUCUACAACCCAUAUCUGCCCGAUGUGAUUGAACGCCUCGAGCGAAAAGGACUGGUGCAGGUCGACCAGGGCGCAUUGUGCGUGUUCCUGGAGGGCUUCAAGAAUCGGGAUGGCUCUCCGCAGCCGCUCAUCGUUCGGAAGAGCGACGGUGGCUACAUGUACUCGACAACGGACCUGGCGGCAAUUCUAUACCGCGUCCAGGAGGAUCGUGCGCAGCGAAUUCUCUAUGUAACGGAUGCGGGACAGGCGACGCAUUUCGCUCAGGUUUUCCAGGUCGCUCGUCGAGCGGGGUUCUUCGACCCCGCGGAAGUCUCGCUGGAGCAUGUCCCCUUUGGCCUCGUUCUCGGGGACGACGGCAAGAAGUUCAAGACCCGAUCCGGAGACACGGUGCGUCUGAUGGACCUGCUCGAGCGAGCUAUCGAGCUGGCACGUCACGAUCUCGAGCAGCGAAUCGCUGAGCAGCCGGGACGCACAGAGUCGCCCGAGUACCUAGAGCGGGCAGCGCGGGCUAUCGGUAUUGGGGCUGUCAAGUAUGCGGACCUACGCACAACACGUACAGCGGAUUACCGAUUCAGCUACGAGAAGAUGCUCUCGCUGAACGGGAAUACAGCUCCGUAUAUGAUGUAUGUCUUCACGCGCGUGAGCGGGAUAGCGCGGAAAGCCGCCGGCCUCCCAGCAGACGCGGAGGUGUGCAUGCAGGAGCUGGUUGCGAACUGUGCCUCAGAGCAGCAGUUAUUGCUGUGCGUCACGGAGCCUGCUGAGGGGGCCCUCGCACGGCAGCUGCUCCGCUUCCCGUACGUUCUGCUGGACCUGGAGCGGGAGCUUAUGCCGCACGUGCUCUGCGAGUAUCUGUUCGAGCUCUCGCAACGCUUCAAUCAGUUCUACGAGCACUGCCCUGUUCUGGGUGCGGAGGACGACUCGGUGCGGCAUUCGCGGCUUGCGCUCUGUGCGCUGACUGGAUACGUCGUGGAAUCUGGCCUGCGCCUCCUCGGCAUUGAAGUGCUUCCUCGGUUGUGA